AUGACCACUAUUAGGACAAUCAUAGCUGUGGCAGUCAAAAAGGGUUGGCCUAUGUACCAAUUGGACGUCAAUAAUGCCUUUUUACAUGGGGACUUAGAUGAAGAGGUAUAUAUGAGAAUACCCCAGGGCCUGAAUGUUUUUGCACCUAACAUGGUUUGUAAAUUGAACAAAUCCUUAUAUGGCCUAAAGCAAGCUUCUAGACAAUGGUAUUCCAAAUUAAGUGAUUCUCUUAUUUCUAAGGGCCACUCAGUUUCAAAAAAUGAUUACUACUUGUUUAUCAAGUCUAUUGGUUCUCAUAUUACAAUUGUUGCUGUUUACGUCGAUGACAUUCUCUUAAGUGGUAAUGAUAAAGAGGAGAUGAGUUCUCUCAAACUAUUUCUAGAUGCUCACUUCAAGAUAAAAGAUUUAGGGCAUUUAUAUUAUUUUUUGGAUUUGGAAAUCAUCUCUGAAUCUGGAGAUUGCAAUGCUGUUGCUAGCCCCUUAGAUGUGAAUCUGAAACUCUCCAUUAAAGAUGGGGAACCCUUAUCUGACCCUUUAUUGUAUAGGAAUCUCAUUGGCAAGCUGAAUUUUCUCACAAAUACAAGACCUGAUUUGGCUUUCUCUGUACAGUUGUUAAGUCAGUUCAUGCAUGUCCCUAUUUCAUCUCAUCUUUCUGCUGCUUAUCAUGUUCUUAAGUAUGUCAAAGGUACCUUGGGUCAAGGUUUGUUCAUGUCUGCUGCUUCUGAUUUCUCAUUACAUGCUUAUUAUGAUUCGGACUGGGCUUCUUGUCCUAGUUCCCGGAGAUCCGUUAGUGGUUAUUUGGUGUUACUUUUUGGUUCUUUACUCACAUGGAAGUCUAAAAAGCAGCACACUGUGUCCUUGUCCUCCGUCAAGGCCGAGUAUUGUUCCAUGCACCGAGUUGUUGCCAAACUUGCUUGGCUCACCAGGCUAUUACAUGAACUUUCUGUUACCUCAAUUGUUCCAGUUCCUUUACAUUGUGAUAGUCAGUCCGCCAUCUACAUCGUUCGUAAUCCGGUGUCCAUGAGCGUACGAAACAUAUAG